CCCGGAAUCCUGGGAUGCGGUGCGGCAGGGAAGGGGCUGUAGCGGGAAGGAUCCGGGGGCCCUGCAGUGCUGGGAACGAGCGCAGGGAAGGCGGGAAUGCGCGGCAGGAAUGCGGGAUGAGGGAUGCGUUGCCAAGGCAACCAUUCCUUCUCCAUCUCCUACCUCUCCCCGGAGCCACGGGGGGAUGCGGCGGCGGGGUGCGGGAUUCGGGAUGCGGGAUUCGGGAUGCGGGAUUUGGGAUUCGGGAUUUGGGAUGCGGGGGUAGAAGCGGGCUGCGGAUCCCGCCCUCCGCAGAGCCGGGAAGGAGCCGCUGGAGCGGGAAUGCUCAGGCCGGGAGCCGCAGGACAGCGCAGCCCGGAGGGAGAAGGGUGGAGGGCGCUGCGCUGUUUUCCAGAGGAAAUCCUGGAGCAGAAAGUUGCGCCGCGUUUAUUUUUUCACUGAAAGCCUGCGGCAUAGGGAUGCAGGAGAGGGGGAAGAUCCUGCGUGUCCAUCCUUGCUUUGUCUUUCGCUUUAAAAGGUCCGGAUCUUCCCGGUCAUCUGAUCCAGGUCAAGUAGGACUUUCUGUUGGCAACGGAUCCCACCGGAGCAUCUUCCCACAGCAGCUUCUUUCCCCUGGCAGGAAGUAGUGAGGCUCCUUCAAUCCCUGGAAUACUGAAAGGUUGACCCCAUCGCCGCUGCUCUCCCGUCCAUGGAUCACCUUCCUCCAUGAGCACGGACGCCGAGCAGCUCUUGGCAGCUGGAAUCCCCCUCUGGAGCAUCUCCAGUUGGGCCAGCUCUGAGCCGCCUCCCAACAGCAGCAUGGCAGCAGCGGCGGCGGCGGCGGGAGAGGCCGGCCAGCCCCCGGCCACCCCGGAGCACGGUGGGAGCGUGGCGGAGAUCGCGGGCAUGGUGGUGCUGCAGUGCAUCUACGGCCUGGUGUGCCUGCUGGGGCUGCUGGGCAACGCGCUGGUCAUCUUCGUCAUCCUGCGCUAUGCCAAGAUGAAGACGGCCACCAACAUCUACCUGCUCAACCUGGCAAUCGCCGACGAGCUCUUCAUGCUCAGCGUGCCCUUCGUGGCCACGGCGGUGGCGCUGCGGCGCUGGCCCUUCGGCCAUGCGCUCUGCCGGACCGUGCUGGGCGUGGAUGGCCUCAACAUGUUCAGCAGCGUCUUCUGCCUCACUGUGCUCAGCCUGGACCGCUACAUCGCCGUGGUGCACCCGCUGCGCGCCGCCUCCUACCGCCGCCCGCGCGUCGCCAAGCUGGUCAACGGCGGCGUGUGGCUGCUGGCGCUGCUGGUGGCCUCGCCCAUCCCGGUGUUCGCCGGCACGGCGGUCACCCGCGACGGCCACGCGGUGGCCUGCGACCUGCUGUGGCCCAGCCCGGCAUGGGCCACCGCCUUCGUGGUGUACAGCAGCGCGCUGGGCUUCGUGCUGCCCGUGGUGGCCAUGGCGCUGUGCUACCUGCUGCUGGCCGGCAAGAUGCGCGUGGUGGCGCAGGGCGUGGGCUGGCAGCAGCGCCGGCGCUCCGAGGGCAAGCUGACGCGCCUGGUGGUCACCGUGGUGGCCAUGUUUGUGGUGUGCUGGCUGCCCUUCUAUGUGGUGCAGCUGCUGGAGCUGCUGCUGCCUGGCCACCUGGAUGCCAGCGCACACAACGCUUCGCUGCUGCUCAGCUACUCCAACAGCUGCGCCAACCCCAUCCUCUAUGGAUUGCUCUCCGAGAAUUUCCGCAACUCCUUCCACGGCGUGCUGCGCCGCUGCCGCGACGCCGGCCUGUGCUGCUGCCACGCCACCGAUGGGGACGGAGGGGACAGUGAGGACGAGGAGGAGCCGCUGGAUUACUGCGCCGCACCCCGCGGGGACACCAAGGGCUGCGUGUGUCCCCCCCUGCCCUGCCAGCAGGACCCCCUGCAUCCCCAGCCCUGCUGCGCACCUGGGGCCCUCCUCCCCAAAACCACCCCCUUCUAGGGGACCCCAAAACUGGGGAUGAAAGGGGAUGCCAGAGGGAGAGGGCCUGUGAUGCCGGGUCCGAUUACCGGUUGCGCUGCGCUGCUCUCCAAAAUAAAAAGCCAUAAGACUGGCCUGGGAUGGA